AUGGCCAGUACUGAGGCCGUGAAUUUCGAUGUUAACGCGGCGUUGCAUCAUGACAUCACAGCUGCUCACGAGCGCGAAUCCGCGUCUGACAUCUGUCGCUUGCCGUUCGAGUUGCUGGCUCGUGUUUUGGCUCAUCUGUCAUUGGCUGAUAGGGCGCACGCCGCCAUGUCAUGCUCCCUCAUGCACCACGCUGUCAACAGUCUGCUCCCUACCCUGCCCUUCCUCCACCUCAAGGCCGGAAGCCCCUGCCUCAAUGACGCUGCAUUCACUGCGCUCUGUCCCUCUCUCUCCUCCCUCCAUUUUUCCCUUCCCUCCUCCAUUCCAGAUCGUGGUGUGGAGACCGGGGGCGUCAGAGAAAAUACGGCUGGUGGGAGACAGUGCUCCUUGCAGCGACUAGAACUGGACUGUUGGCAUCUGAAUGACAGGUGCACAUCCGUACUACCGGAGAGCAUAGAGGAGCUGGCGCUGUGUGGCGCAGACAGGCACACAGACGCGCUCAUUCACAGCCUGGCGGCCAGGCUCGGCCCAAACCUGACAAAAUUCGCCUUCUCCGGCUUCAGCCGGUCCAUAGGCUCGGACCCCUUCGUCUCGCUUCUCUCCGUGUCCUCUCGCCUCGUGUCUCUCGCCAUCGAUGGGGGGGAAGGGCUGGAUGUGGAUACUAUCGUGAUAUUUGCGGGGAGGAACUGUGACACUGGACUACCUGGCCAGUUGCCACCUGCCCCAUCUCACCCGCUUUCAGCACAAGAGUCGGUGACACUGGACUACCUAGCCAGUUGCCACCUGCCCCAUCUCACCCGCUUCCGGCACAAGAGGCGGCACGAGCGGGGCGUGGGGGUGAGCGACUCGCUGCUGCUACGGCUGAUGCUGCUCUGGCCGGGGCUGGAGGAGCUGGUGCUGGUGGAUAAGGCAGCAGAGGGCGUGGGGCAAGGGAGAGCAGAAGAGGUGAGUCAGGCUGUGCUGCUGCUACGGCUCGUGCUGCUGUGGCCUCGCCUGGAGGAGCUGGUGCUGGUGGAUAAGGCAGCAGAGGGCGUGGGGCAAGGGAGAGGAGACGAACAGCUCUUAGAAAACAGGUGCUUUCCCUCCCUCCCUCCCUCCCUCCCUCCCUCCCUCUCUCCCUCCCUCCCUCCCUCCCUCCCUCCCUCCCUCCCUCCCUCCCUCCCUCCCUCCCUCCCUCCCUCCCUCCCUCCCUCCCUCCCUCCCUCCCUCCCUCCCUCUCUCCCACCCCCCCUCCCUCACCACUCCACCCAACAGGCCCUCACAGGCACGGGGCACCUCAUGCUGACCACGCCCUUUCAGACACGGGUCUCCUCAUACUCACCACCUGGGCUUCUUCACUCACAUCCCUCACUCCCACCCUUCCCUGCUUACCCCUUUCCCUGUCUCCCUUCCCGCCUCUCCAUAUGCACUUUCAUAUCCACCCACCCAUCAGGCCCUCACAGACACCGGUCUCCUCAUGCUCACCACCUGGGCUUCUUCACUCACAUCCCUCACUCCCACCCUUCCCUGCUUACCCCUUUCCCUGUCUCCCUUCCCGCCUCUCCAUAUGCACUUUCAUAUCCACCCACCCAGCAGGCCCUCACAGACACCGGUCUCCUCAUGCUCACCACCUGGGCUUCUUCAUUCACAUCCCUCACUCUGACCCUUCCCUCCCUUUCUGCCUCUCCCCAUGCUCAAUUCUGUGUCCACGCCACCCACCAGGCCCUCACAGACACAGGUCUCCUCAUGCUAACCACCUGGGCUUCUUCACUCACAUCCCUCACUCUGAGCCUUCCCUCCCUCUCCGCCUCAAAACGCUGCUCUGAAGUAGCUCUUAUGCAAGUGGCCAGUGCGUGCACCAGUCUCACUCACCUCGACCUCUCCAACUUCAGAUGCAUGUCUGACCCGCCUCUGCACGAAUUCGUUUCUCGCUGCCCCGCGCUCGCCCAUCUCUCCCUAGCCGGUGCGCCCAUCACCGAUGCCUCCCUGGACCUCAUAGCCUCGCACUGCCCCAACCUCCAAUCCCUUUCCAUCAAGUGCUGUCGCAAGCUGCUUGAGCCAGGUGUCAGCGCAUUGGCUCGCUGCACUCGGUUGCAAUCACUCAACGCUGCUCUGGUGCCCGGGGUAACUGACGUCUCUGCCCCGCUCCUGUUCCAAGGAGCCACAGCGCUCAAAACCCUGGUGCUCAACCAAAGCCCGCUACCGGACAUCUCGUUAUUGUCACUCUCCUCGCAUUGUCACGGUCUAGAGGAGCUGGCUCUGCGCGGCAGUCCCAGACUCACCAACGAGAAUAAGUGUAUACCCCGCCCUGUCUUCCUCUUGUUCCUCUCCCUCCUCUCCUACUCCUUCCUUCCCCACCUCCUCUGCCCCGCCCCUCCUGCCCCUCUCCAGGGUUUAAAGGCUCUUGCCGCCUCCUGCCUCUCGCUGCGCUAUCUCUCCUUCAGCUUCUGCGAAUCAUAUCCAUCACUCAUAAGUAAUUCUUUCCACCUCAUCUUCCCCGCCCCUUCUGCCCCUCUCCAGGGUCUGAAAGCUCUUGCCAACUCCUGCCUUGCCCUCCGCUAUCUCUCCCUCAGCUUCUUUGAUCAAGGUUUGAAAGCUCUUGCCGCCUCCUGCCUUGCCCUCCGCUAUCUCUCCCUCAGCUUCUGCGAUCAAGGUUUGAAAGCUCUUGCCAACUCCUGCCUUGCCCUCCGCUAUCUCUCCCUCAGCUUCUAUGAUCAAGUCUCAGAUGCCGGAAUCAUAUCCAUCGCCAACAGAUGCCGGCACCUCUCUCUCCACCCCAUCUCCCCCACCCUCUUUCUCCCCGCCAGGGUUUGA